UGUUGCCAGCUUCCUUAAAUCUGAGACUAGGAAUCCCCUUGUUUUAGAGCACCACGGGUGAAAAGGACGGCAGAGUAUUAGCGGAUCCCAAACUCAGUUUGAGCUCACAGGAGCAGACAGCUGCUAAAAAGGCAAAUGCCAUUUGGGGCUCCCUGCACCGCAGCCAGAUUUCCAAGGGGCAGGAAGAGACGGUCCUGCUGCGUCCUGCCUUCCAGGCGCUGUGUCCAGUUUGCAGUUCCUCAUUGCAAGAAUGGUGCCUGGCCCACAGGAGCGUUGCUGGGGAAAUGCCACCAGGAUGGUGAGGCUGAACUGAGGACUGGGGUGUUUUGAGCUUUGGGGGAAGAGAUGCCAGCAGGCUUCAGAUUGCUCCAGGCCCUGGGAGGUCCAUCGGAGCAGCUGAUCAUGCACUAGAGGGGAGGGCCAGCCUUCCCCCUCCCCUUGGCCAUGAGAGCGUGAUGGAUCAGAACGCCUUUUCCCACAUCCAGCUGUGGUGUCCGCGCCCCUUUGGCACCUACUCCGAGAACAAGCAGUGCCGGGGCAGCCAGGGGAAGAAGAGUUUUGGGGACUUCGCCUGCAAGGCCAAAGAGGAGGAGGGGGACAACAGCGAGCUCUCUUCGGAGAACACCCCCCCGGCCCCACCUCCUGCCCCGCCCCCCCCAGCAGCCGCCCCCGGCCAGGUGGAGGAGGGCCGCGUCCUCUUGGACACCUGGUACGUGAUCAAGCCCGGCAACACCAAGGAGAAGGUCGCGUUCUUCGUGGCUCACCAGUGCAGCAGCGGCAACCGGGCCAGCGCCAUGAAGGUCAAAGGAAACUGGGGGAGCGACAGCUCCAAGGCGAAGCGCCGGCGGCGGUCCCACGACCCCACCAGGAGCAAAGCCUGCCCGCCGAAGCCCAAGGAGGGCGGCAGCAAGGAAGCCGAGGAUGUUUGCCUUUGGCCGGAGUCCCAGGCUGACCCUGCGGGCGGAGACACCACGGACCUGCUCUCGGUGGCCGAGAUGGUGGCCCUGGUGGAGCAGCGGACGGCGCGGGCGGGGCAAAGCUACUCCAGACCAAGCGCACCGCCGUCCCCAAUGGUUUUUGUAUCCACGGACCAGGAGCAGGAAGAGAAUGGGGAGAAGAAAGCGCCGGCCCCCAGCGGGGGCUCGGACUGCAGCCGGGUGGCUGAGGCGAUUGCCCACUUCGAGUCGCAGGAACGCAGCGUCGUGUGUCAGAACGGCCUCCGGAGGGAGUCCGCCGAGUGCAUGGCCAACUCCCAGCAUAGCCCCGGCGAAGUCCGCAUUGCCUUCCGUAUUUCCAGCAGCCGAGACCCCCGUUCGCCUGCUGAGAGCGGGUCUGUCCCCCGGCCCAACUGCAUGUUCAUGAGCUGUGGAGGGUCACCCACGGGCAGCACGGCCCGGGCCAAAGACAAGAUCACCUGCGACCUCUACCAGCUGAUCAGCCCUUCCCGGGAUACCCUUCCCAACAACGUGGACUUCCUGCUGGCGAGUGCCUCCCCCAAGGGGUCCGAUGGAUCUGGCCGCGAGUCUUCAGAUAUGGAGAUGGCUUGCCGAGACACUCAGAACGGCUCGGGCAAACUGGACGCCAUCCCCGAAGACGUCCGGGCGUCCGCAGAAAAGAUGGGAGGCGCCCCGGCCUCCGCAGCCAGAGACUGCGUGUCCGGCUUCCACGUCGAUGUGGUGGUGACGGGCGUCGUGGACCAGUGUGUCUUCUUUGGCAAGGACAGCACCAAGAACAUGAAGGAAGAGACUGUUUGCUUGACGGUGGGUUCUCCGACCCAAGAAGGGCUGUGUGCGUCUUGCGAUGACCCCCCGCCGGGGCAGCUCUUCUUCCUGCACGCUCAGACGCCUCGGCAGGAGGACAGCCGAGACGCGGAGAGUGCGUUCCUGGACUCCACUGGUGGCAGCGAGGGCGGGCUCGAGAGGGCCGACGGGUCAGGACUGGAGCCGGCUGUCUCGGACACCUCCCUGUGCCGCCUGUACCGCCACGUCUCCCACGACUUUUUGGAGAUCCGCUUCAAGAUCCAGCGGUUGCUGGAGCCCCGCCACUACAUGCUGCUGCUCCCCGACCACAUCAUGGUGAAGAUCUUCAGCUACCUGCCCACCCAGGCGCUGGCGGCCUUGAAGUGCUCCUGCCACUACUUCAAGUACAUCAUCGAGACCUUUGGGGUGCAGGCCACGGACUCCAAGUGGAACCGGGACCCCUUGUACCGCGACGACCCCUGCAAGCAGUGCAAGAGACACUACGAGAAGGGGGACGUCUCGCUCUGCCGGUGGCACCCCAAACCCUACCAUCACGACUUGCCUUACGGACGCUCCUACUGGAUGUGCUGCCGCCGGGCGGACAAGGACACCCCCGGCUGCCGCGUGGGACUGCACGACAACAACUGGGUGCAGCCGUGCGACAUGUUGAGAGAGAGGGCAGCCAGGAGGGAGGAUGGGAGGUGAGGGGCUCCAGGAGGGGGAGGGG